AUGAUACUUGGCCCGCCAGAGGAUUGCGCUGACUCCGUUCGGGAACUAAAAAAGAGGGCACGCCAGAUUUGCAGUCUGCAAGCGGCCUCAGACGAGCCCCCACUCUGUUCGGAUGCCAUAUCGUUCACCGCGGAAGACGCCAAAGGGAUUCAACACCCUCAUUCGGACCCCCUGGUCGUUGAAAUAACUAUGGGCGAAUUCGACGUCGAAAGAGUCUUGGUGGACACUGGAAGCACCGUAAAUGUUCUGUUCUGGCAAACGUUGGAGAAGAUGGGCAUCACACCCGAGCAGGUCAAACUCGAGACCCGAACAUUGACCGGCUACGACGGGAUCGUCAAAAUGUCGAUGGGCAAUGUAAAACUGCAAGUUCGUGCUAGAGGAGUGACCCGAAAAACUAGAUUCGUGGUCGUCGAUGCACCCCCAAUUUACAACGCCCUUCUGGGGUCACCAUGGAUAUACGCAAUGCAAGCCGUACCGUCAACCUACCAUCUCUGCCUUAAAUUCCCUGGCCCAACAUGGAUCUGUACCCUAUAUGGUGAUCAAACUGACGUCAUCUGCCACAAGCUCAAUAUCGACCCAACAUUCAAACCAGUUAGGUAG